UCAUAUGCCUCUUGAUUGACGUUCACGUGUCUCUGAACGCUGAUGGUCUUUAUAUCGGCUCCGAGCUUCAUAUUCCCGAAUCUAGUCUGACUUGACCCAUGCAGAUUCAUUUUUUUCUCAUAUAUAACACACUAAAUCAAACCAUGCAAAGCACUGAGACUGACCGACAUCGGCUUGAGAGGUAUACGACACAGAGUGGCCUAACUCGUGAUGCCAUCAUCGGUCUUGCAGAUGGACUGACGGUACCCUUCGCAUUGACAGCUGGAUUAUCCUCAAUUGGAUCGAGCAAGCUUGUCAUUCUUGGUGGGAUGGCCGAACUGUUUGCUGGGUCCAUCAGUAUGGGACUGGGGGCUUAUCUAGCCACAAUCACUGAUGCCCAUCACUUUGAAGUAGAGGAAGCACGCGAGCAGCGCCAAGUCACUCAAACUCCACACCUAGAAGGCGAACUGCUGGUGAAUCUCUUCCAAAGAUAUGGUAUUACCUACUGGGAAAUAUCACCCAUCAUCGAAAAUUUCCGGAGAAACCCACAGUCUUGGGUCAAAUUUAUGAUGGACUUCGAACUCAAACUUGAACGCCCCCGCUGGUCUCGACCCUGGGUUUCUGCUCUCACAAUGGGGCUAUCUUACUUUAUAGGGGGACUUAUUCCCAUGGUCCCUAACUUUACUACGAAUCAUAUCAACACUGCGCUGUUUGCUUCAAUCGGAGUCACAUGUGUUAUGUUGUGUAUAUUUGGUUAUGGGAAAGCUAUCAUUACUGGGCUUAGCCGUCGCUCUGCCGUUUAUGGGUCACUAGAAAUGCUUCUUGUAGGGGCUAUUGCUGCGGGCGCUAGCUAUGGUAUUGUAAAACUUGUAAAUACUAAUCUGGACUACACAUAACAAGUUCUUAGGGGCCUAAAGGCCGUUGUAAACAGGGCAAUCUUAAAGAAUUACUCAAAAACUGAAGAAAUUGUGUAUUUUCAAGGCAUCAGGGAGAUAAAGGACCGAAUUAUGUUAUAGACAUCCAAAUAAGCCUCCUAAGAAAGUCAAAAUGAUAAUACAAGACGAAAUCAGUUAAGGUUCAAGCACGCCUCCAUACUCGAUGGUCUCGCGGUUUGAUUCAAUCGAUAUGGAUGCGACGAGAUUCGUGCUUCUUGACCUUGGGGACAAUGAUAGUCAGAAUCCCGUCUUCAAAGCUGGCACUGACACCAUCCUGAUCUACAUGAGAUGGGAAGGUGAAGGUGCGGGAGAACUCGCCGAUGCUGCGCUCAGCAAGCCAGUAUUUGGUCUUUUCGUCGUGUUUGUCGUCCUUAUGUGGCUGUUGAGGCUGGGAUUUGCUCGGCUCGGCUCCUUCGCCUUUAAGAGCUCCAUGCGCAGAUGGGCCUUCGACAAACCCCGCAGGAGGGUUUCCCGAGGUGUAGUUCCGCUCGGACUUUCCACGGAUGACCAUUGUUUGUGGCUCAGUAAACUCGAGGUGUACCUCCUUUUUUUUCAUACCAGCAAGCUCCCCAUGGAGCUCGUAAGCCCGAGGCGUCUCGCAGAUAUCAAACUUGGGCUGCCAGUGGAUCAUUCCAGCGUGAUGGGUAUUCUGAUCUCUUCGGGAGUACGUGUCGUAAUCUUCGAGAAGUCGGAAGAUUGGGUUAAAGGGAGAGUCAGAAUUGUAAAGGCUGCGAGGGAAAAGAGCCAUUGUGCGUGCUUUGCUGGCAAUGGAAGAUGGAAAGACGUGUUUGUUAAUAAGUAAACCGCCUAUUGAUUUGCGUGCUUGUUGAGAAACUAGUGAUCUGCAGGAAUACAUAGGAAGUCGAUUGUAGGCUCGUUAUUCUGGAGGUCAGCUGCUUAGGGUAUAUAUAGUAAUAAAGAAGGCAGAUUAUUUAUAUCUGGCUGGCAUGAUUCUGUGUGUCAUUACAGGAAGGAUUUCCUCAUUGUCAAUCUGCUGUAAACUCAGCAUGAUUCGGCAUGAUCUGAUGCAAUGACUGACGUGAAGAGUGCCCUCUGACUGCAGGGCCAGUAAUACCCAUGCGGGAGCAGUAGUG